AUGCGCAUUGACACACAUGCAUGUGAUGUGAUGUUGGUGAUCUCCUGUGCCCAUGUAAGGACUCAUUGUCACCCCGCUUUCUUGUAUUCGAACAGUUCAUUGCGAUUCUCUGUUGAUUUCAACCUUUAUGAUAUCAAAACAUAUCCAGAAUCCCAUUUAAAUAGGAAUUUGGGAUCUCCGGCUAUCUCGAGGGUUAUGAGGUAUUUUAUUCAUAGAGAAACCUUGUUUUGUUCUCCUAGAUUCCUUUCCAGAUCAAAGGAGAAAGAUAUUUCCUGUGUUUCUCAUUGUAUCUCUAUCGAUUUUGAAUAUUUCAAAUGUUGUAAUGAACUUCGAUUGACAAGAUACGCGUUAUCUAUCCAUUACAACGUUGAAGAAACCAACAACUUUCAAAUUAACGGGAAUGAGCUGAAAGGGAGUCAUAAGCCUCUUCGAGACAGUCCUCAUCUUAGUGUGGUUGCUGUGUCACUGUCGGAUGAUAAGCGCAUUAUGGCAUAA